AUGCCCGAGCUGACGACUCUCCACGUGGGGAAGAGCUUUGCGCGGCCAUGGAACCCUCGAGAUGCGGACCCCGAAAUUGACAGCUACGAGCAUCCAGUAACCACGGAUGGCUUGGAUUGGUUUAUCCGAAAGCUCCCUAACUUGGAGCAGCUUUCCCUCUUCUGCCUUCACCGACCGACACAGCUCAUAAGCCUCACUGCUCUGACCAACCUCUGUGCCACCGUCUCCAUGAAUCGUCUGUACAUCCCACAUUACACCGAUCUCUUCACCUUCGCCCGUCAAGGACCCCAUGAAUCGGCCCGUCUUGCCAGCGUCACGCUGCCCCCUUGCCUAAAAUCGCUCAAUUUCCUCGUUGCCUGUCCUCGCUGGGAUGCCAUCUUCCCAUCAGCAUCGCCCCUCACCGGGCUAGAGGAGCUGCUCCUCACCGACUGCAGCGGGCUGGAAAGCCUUCCUGACGGCAUUGAUGUGUUGCUGCCGUGCCUUCGCAAGCUGUCCAUUCGCAAGUGUCAGUCGCUCUCCCACCUGCCUGAAAGCCUCACUUGUCUGAGCCAAUUGGAAACCCUCAUCAUCUCUAGUUCUCACAGGUUCACCUUACCCACCAACCUCGGUCGCCUUCCUGCCCUCAAACUGCUGGUGCUAGAACAUUUGUCAGUCUCAGAACUUCCUCCUUUCUGCCAUCUGACAUCUCUAGAGGCACUGUUCUUGCUUGAUUGCUACUCCUUUGGGGGCCUGCCAGAAGGUUUCUGCCGCCUCACAGCUCUCAGGGUGCUCUGCUUUGCAAGUGCCGGGGGUCUUGCCUUGCCAGAGGACGUUGGGGCUCUUGCAAGACUGGAGGAUCUCAGAUUGUGCGAUUGCCAGCCACAGCCGCUUCCAACUUCAUUCGCUGACCUGUCUUCUUUGACAAGCCUUGAGCUGAAUGCAUGUGGCUUUGAGGCCGAGCUUCCAGACGCCCUGGGCGACCUGAGCAGCCUACGAGAGUUGAAGAUCAUUGAUGUUCUAGUCACCACACUUCCUAGAUCACUCACAAAGCUCACUGCACUACAGACCUUGGAGGUUAGACACUGCCAGACACUCCUAGCAGUACCCGUGGGAUUGGAUAAUCUCGUAAGACUCAAGUGGCUGGGGUUGAGAGAGUGCCGGCAGCUGAUUCAACUCCCCACUCGUUUGCCCCCCUCUCUUGAGACCCUCUGCUUGGGGCCCGCCUGGGAAGGCUCGUCCCAUGUGGUGGACAUCUUACAGCUGUCGCAGCUGAGGGUGCUGAAGCUGAAGUGCGUUGGGGUGCAAUGCAGCCCUGCAAUGAGCAGGAUGCUGACGUGCCUGCAGCAGAUGAAGCAGCAGGUGGAGCAGCUGGAACAGCAAGGCGGAGGGCCAGAGAUUCCACUUCCGCUAUCUUCUCUUUCUCGCCUGCGCAGCUUGUUUAGUGAGCAGCUGGAGCUGCUGCAGCCGCCGGAGCAACUCGAGCAGGCGACGCAGCUGCAGCAGCUGGAGCAGCUGGAGAUGCGCUUGGAAGGCGACAAUCGGGAGCUUCAAGUCCCCCUCACCUGUCUCCCUCGCCUGCGCAGCUUGCUGAUAGAGGCGCCGGGAAUACUCAGCCUCCCGGAAAACAUGGCAGCAGCAUUGCCGCAGCUGCGGCAGCUGGAGCUUCUUUCAUGGUUACCGGAGGAGCUGCCUGGAGUUUUACUGGAGCUGCGGUCGCUGACGUCACUUGCUAUUGAAGCGCCUCAGCUGGUGGCGCUACCUCAAGACUUGAGCCGCUUGUCUCGGCUGCGCAAAUUGGAGCUGAUUCGCUGCACCGCCUUGCAGCACCUUCCGGAGUUUGUCUCCCAGCUGCACCACCUGACACUGCGUGAUACUUCCAUCCCCUACCAUCAUGCGAAUCUGGUGCGGGGCGUUCAAGCGCCCUGA